AUGUCGUUCCGCCGACUGGUUAGUGACUUGGGUCGGCUUUGCAUUCAGACAGCAAGCCAAUCGGUGGCCGUUCAGCAGCAGAGAACAAUUCAUGCAUCUGUUCGUGCUGCAGAUAGUAUUCGUGAUGCUCACAGACAAGGAACUCGUGUCGCUGCGGGACGAGUUGAAACGAUGGAGGGAACGACUGGAGCUGGAACUCAAACCGCUGUUAACACAUCGUCGUUAGAUGCACGUCUACCGACUGCUGAGACUUUAAAACAACAAUUUGAUGGAGUUGCAUAUCACGAGUUGCCGGUAGUGUACAUUCGAGCAAGUAAAAACAACACACUGGUUACUGUGACAGAUACAAAACACGAAGUUAUCACAUCGACAUCUUGUCGUCUUGAAGGAUUCAAAAACGCUCGCAAGAAAACGACAAUCGCUGGACAGACUACUGGAGUCGCCGCUGGACAACGACUCGUAAGAAGAGGAAUCCGAACUGUUCGAGUACAAGUCAAAGGUAUUGGACCGGGAAGAAUGACAUGCGUAAAAGGACUGACAGUGGCUGGAGUGCGCGUCGUAAGCAUCACGGAUCACACCCCACUAUGUGAACUGGGACCACGGCCACGAAAGAUUCGUCGUAUCUAA